CGGCGCGCCGGCCGGCAUGGAGCCCCGCGCGGCCGCGCUCUGACUCGCUCUGCGCCCCGCGGCCGGCGGGCGGCGGGCGGCGGGCGGCGGCGGACCGAGAGCCAGAGACCGGCGCCGCGGGACGGAAGCGAGCGGGCGCGGGCGUCGCGCAGAUGGCCGGGGCGAGCAAGGUCUGAGGCUCCGCUCCCCGAAACGUGACCAUGUGGAUUCAACAGCUUUUAGGACUCAGUUCCAUGUCCAUCCGCUGGCCGGGCUGCUCCCUAGGAAGCCAUGCUUGGAUACUUAUAGCCAUGUUUCAGCUCGCCAUGGAUCUGCCCUCGUGUGAGUCCCUGGGCCCGGGCCCCGACUUCCGGCUCCUUCCCCGGCCGCCGCAGCGGCCGCCCCGGCUGUGGAGUUUGAAGAGCGGACAGGCGGCGCGCAUCCCCGUGCCCGUGUGGAGCCCGCGCCCGGCCCGCGUGGAGCGCAGCCACGGGCAGGUGCCGAGCCCGCGCGCCAAACGGGCGCACAGACCCAGGGACCAGGUGGCCGCCCUGGUGCCCAGAGGGGGGCUCGCCAAGCCCCCAGCCGCUGCCAAAUCCAGCCCUUCCCUUGGCUCCUCCUCGUCGUCCCCGUCCCCCGCAGCGGGCAGCGGGGCCACCACGGACCAGCAGGCCCUCCUGCGGAGGGAGAAGAGGCACCUGCAGGGGGCUGGCUUCAGCGGUUUUGAUUUCCGGGGCAGCAGGCCCACCACAGAGACGGAGUUCAUCGCCUGGGGCCCCACGGGGGAGGAGGAGGCCCCGGAAUCCAACACAUUUCCAGGGCUCUACGGCCCCACCACGGCCUCCAUCCCACAGACACAGAAGACAACUGUGGCCACCACCACCGCCCCCGCCACCACGGCCACCUCCACGACGCUGCAGACUAAGGGGGUCACUGAGCCCCUGGGCCCGAGGAAUAGGAUCCCGGUUGGGGUUAGCACAACAGAGCCUUCCACCAGUCCCAGCAAAGACGAUGGUGAAGACGUCAAGCCCCCACGGAUUCUGGGGGAGACCUCAGGUCUGGCUGUUCAUCAGAUUAUCACCAUCACUGUCUCCCUCAUCAUGGUCAUAGCUGCUCUGAUUACAACUCUUGUCUUAAAAAACUGCUGUGCCCAAAGCGGGAACACGCGUCGGAAGAGCCACCAGCGGAAGAUCAACCAGCAGGAGGAGAGCUGCCAGAACCUGACGGACUUCACCCCUGCCCGGGUGCCCAGCAGCCUGGACAUAUUCACAGCCUAUAAUGAGACCCUCCAGUGCUCCCACGAAUGUGUCCGGGCAUCCGCGCCCAUGUACACCGACGAGACGCUGCACCCGACGGCCGACUACAAAUCCACGUUUAACGGGAACCGACCCUCUUCUUCUGAUCGGCAUCUUAUUCCUGUGGCCUUUGUGUCUGAGAAAUGGUUUGAAAUCUCCUGCUGACUGGCCGAAGUCUUGUUUACCUCCUGGGGGCAGGGCAGACGCCAUGUGUCUGUUUUAUGCAACUCAGGCAUCAAAGGACCCCCGCAAGCUGUUGGUGGGCUCACCCCUUCUGCCACUCCCAGGUGGGCCCUGCCUGGACCACGUUCCUCUCAGGCUGUCUGGACCCCCACCUGCCAGGUCGUCCUAGGAACUGUCUCAGGACCACCUCCAUUCUCAGGAAGGGACACAUCUGUGUCCGAAGAGCUUGACCCGCUCACUGUGGACCCCAGGCGGGCCGUUCGGGGAGGUGAGAAGAGCCGAGACAGGACCUCCUCUGAGUCCGGCCACAUGUAGCAGCCACACCUGGUGGCAGACGCAGACCAGGAGGGCUCCGCAAACAGUCUUGUUAGCCUUUGAUAAAUGCUUAAAGACUCCUUCACCACGUGUCGGACAGACCGGUUAUCACUCACUGGGAGGAAAGCAUUCGGAUUCUAAGUCUCCCUGAUUCUUGCAGUUAAUGCCUGGACAUGAGCAUCGAGCAGAGAAUGGCCAGGAAGAUCGCUCAGAUUUACUAAGGUACUUAUUGUCCCUUAAAUAAAUAGCAAUUAAUACUAAAAUAUUUAAUUAAGGUUUAGGAGCUGGCGGAGAUACUUAUCUCCUGCGUAGUUGCUGAGCCCCUCCGAAUGCGUUUGUCAUGAUGACAGAGCAGUUUGUUACCACACCGUCUUGUCCGCUCGCGCUGACCCACACGCACACGUGGGACCCGAAAGUGGCCAGUGCGCUGCCCUGCGGGCGGGUUGUCCCGGAUUCAGGCACCCCCGUCUGGGCAGAUGUUCACUCUGUCGCCCUGAUUCGGCCUCUGUAGUCGAUUCUGGCAAAUUCCUGCCUCAGACCACCUCCACAGUGGCACCCAGUUGUCCUGACCUUCCCGCCCACCGAGGAAAGGGGCCAAGGACACACGCCCGCCCUUGGCUCUCGGGCUAAUUUCCUGUCAUUUUUCACAUAACAGGUAAACUUCAGAAAACCUCAUUAGUGUUCAGAUCUUUGCAUUUGCCAAGGCCACUUUAUUCCCAACUGAGCCCGAAAAGUAAUAAAAGUUCUCGUAUCUGAAGCCAGUAAGAAAUAAAUCAUGUGUUAUUAUUAUUUUCAAAAACACACUGAAGACAUAACUAAUAAAAGCCGAGAUAUGCACCUGAGCCUUCCUGCUUUGUUCUAAAAAAAAAACAAAAAACAAAAAACAACACAUUAACAGAAUACCCAGCUUUUGCAAUUCAGAGGAGCACUGU